AUGCAGCCUUCCGUGAGGCCAUUGUCGCAUCGACCAUCAGUUUCGAGCCCUCCGUCGAACGGCCCUCCCGCGCGCCAGACCCAUGCCCGCAACAAUUCCCACUCCCUCUUAACAAGCUCCCUCAACCCCAAUCACCGUGUGACUCGCCGCAAGUCGGUUACCAACCCUAGUGCCAACGUUGCCGCUCUCACGGCUGCUCUUCGAGAUGCCAAUGUUUCCGCCGCCGUGCCGAUUGCGAACCCCUCGUCUCGACGAAAUACAAUGUCCAAGGGCGCACGUAUUGUCUCCGGGCAGAACAGCCUUCCGUCUCCGCCGGCCAGUCUCCCAAACAAGGGCAUUGCCGAUGUGAAGCAUGAAAUGACUGGUAGUGCCAUUGAUGAUACCAACGACAGCUCGGCCGACGAGGAUGGGAACCCUCAGAAGUCCCGGAUCCGACGUGCUAGUGACGGCCAGCCCCUGACCAAGGACGGCAAGAAGAGCAACCGGGCCGAGCUUCGAUGCGAGAAGUGUGGUAAGGGGUACAAGCACAGCAGCUGCCUGACGAAGCAUUUGUGGGAGCAUACUCCUGAAUGGUCGUAUACCUCUAAGCUGCUCAUAUCCAAGCAUCAGCAGGUUCAGCUGCUUGAGGCCGCUUCGGUCUUGGUGGCCAUGAACGACAAUGAGCAGGAAAGGUCACCCACACCUCCUCACUCAGCUAAAGAUUUCCCCAGCGACCGGGAGUCAUCAUCCCCUGCUGCGUCUGGGUACUCUGAGCUGGUAGAUCGCCAAAGCUCUGCGGACACCACCCCGCCACCUGUGUCUGAAGGUCUUAACUUUACUACGCCAUCGUAUCGUAGUAAGCGUCACAGCAGCAUUGCUGGGCUCUCGAGGAGCUACCAAUCAGCUCCUCUCUCCGCUCACCUGACAUCAGGGAGCGUACCACAUGGGCACGGGUUCGGUCACUCUCGUCAGCUCAGCACCGACCGACCAACAUCGUCAGGUAUCAACACCACCAACCAAGACGAUCGGGAUCUUGCUGCCGCUGUGGAAUUGCUGAGCUGCAGUUUUGGGAGCAACAAUGGCUCCCGGGGCACAGUGACACUCCCCGCAGAUGCCCCUCCCGUGCCUCCUGUCCCUAUGCAGUACCUUGAGCAGGCUACUUCCUUUAGCAGCGCGGGCUUUAUCAACAGCUUCCCGAGCCGACAGCCAGAAAGCUUCACCCGUGGAGAGUUCCGACGGGGAAGCCGAGAUGUGAGGAUGGAUGACAAGGCUGACUCAGUCAUGGAUGAUGACGAAUUUGAUAUGCGAUCCCGUGCUCGGAGUGAUGAGGACGAUGAUGGUGUAUUUGGUCGCAUGGAGGAAUAA